GAAGGCUGGAACGUCAAUAACUGGCUCUUUCCAGCUCAGCAAACAGCAUGAGUCAGUUCCAGGAAGGGAAACACCCAGUUAUUGUUGCAGGCGGGGCAUAUUUCUGAGUUCAUAAAAGUGAAACUAACCCUGUUACACUGUCAAGAGGGAGCCAUGGCUUCAGAGAACCCCAUGGGAAUUCUCCAGUAUGAAGCUACUUGUCCCAUCUGUCCGGAGGAUUUUAAAGACCCAGUGAUUAUAGACUGCGGACACAAUUUCUGUCGAGCCUGCAUCGCCCAGUGCUGGGAGGGAUCCGGUACAGCCGCCUCCUGCCCCCAGUGCAGAGAAACUGUGCAACAGAGAAACCUCAAGCCAAACAGGCAGUUGGCAAAUGUCCUAAAAAUAGUCAAACAACUGAAUUUACAGGUAAUGAAGGAUGCAGGAGGGGAGAGAGUGUGUGUGGAACACCAGGAGCCGCUCAAACUGUUCUGUGAAGAGGAUCAAACCCCCAUCUGUUUGGUGUGUGACAGAUCCCGGACGCACAAAGCUCACACUGUGGUUCCCAUAGACGAGGCUGCCCAGGAGUACAAGGAAAAGAUCCAGGCCCAUUUGAAGACAUUAAGGAAAGAGAGAGAAAAGCUCCUGGGAUUUAAAGUGACUGGAGAGGAGAAAUUCCAGGAGUAUUUGAUACAGACGCAAACCGAGAGGCAGAAGAUUGUGUCUGAAUUUCACCAACUGCGGCAGUUCCUGGAGGAACAAGAGCGACUCCUGCUGGCCCAGCUGGAGAAGCUGGACAAGGAGAUUGGGAAGAUACAGAAUGAAAAUAUCACUAAAUUCUCUGAGCAGAUUUCCCAUCUCAGUGAGCUGAUAAGUGAGCUGGAGGGGAAGUGUCAGAAGCCAGCAAGUGAAUUCCUGCAGGAUUUCAAAAGCACCUUGAGCAGGUGUGAGAAGGGGAAGUUCCAGCAGCCAGUGGAGAUUUCUCCUGAGCUGGAAAAGAGAAUAAAUGAUUUUGCCCAGAAAAAUAUUGCUGUAAUGGAGACUCUGAGGAAAUUCAAAGAUGUGCUGCCCUCUGAAGUAGAGACAAGAAGAGGGAAAUCCCUGGGACCAGUGAAUGUGACUCUGGAUCCAAAAACGGCUCAUCCCCAACUCGUCCUGUCUGAGGAUUCGAAAAGUGUGAGAUGGGAAGACACACGACAGGAUCUGCCCAACAAUCCUGAGAGAUUUGACACUGAGAUCUGUGUGUUGGGGUGUGAGGGAUUCACCUCAGGGAGACAUUGCUGGGGGGUGGAGGUGGGUAAUAGGGGAUCCUGGGCUGUGGGGGUGGCCAGAGAGUCUGUGAAGAGGAAGGGAGGGAUCAGCCCUAACCCUGAGCAGGGAAUCUGGGCUGUGGAGCGGUGCUGGGAUCAGUUCCAGGCUCUCACUUCCCCUCGCACCCCUCUGCCUGUGAGCUGGGACCCCAGGAGGAUCCGGGUUUGUCUAGACUGUGAAAGGGGGCAGGUGACAUUUUUCGAUGCUGGUGACGAGAGCCCACUGUUCACCUUCCCACUGGCCUUGGUCCCUGGCGAGAGAAUCCGACCCUGGUUCUGGGUGGGAGGAUCCCAGAUCAGACUUAGUACCUGAGAGGGCAGGGGGAGGGGGGGAGAUAUACUCAGGGGAACGUGAAAUUAGCCUCUCUAGCCUCACACUUCCUUUUUCCUAUGACCCUGGAAGUCUCCUGCCUUCCUGCAGACUUUCUACCCUGCAGUUUCUAUGACCGUGGAGCCUCUGUGGGGUGUCUGACCUGUCAGACCAUAGAGAGCAGGGGGAGAUUGAGGUAGAGAAGCCAAUCUCAUUGACCCAAUGAAUUUUUCAGCCUGUUUGUCACUGUCCUCUGUGGCGCAGGAAGUCAGACAGUGGCACUGAGGCAUGGUGGGAACAGCCCACUGAGAAUAAAAAAUGGGCUUCUCAAGCCAAAGUCAUCCUAGUGUCUGUGAUCAUGGAGGACUCUCAUCUACCUACCCCCUGGCUCAUCUCUUUGACCCUGGAGAACACCUCUCCCCCCAACCACCAAUACCUCAUCUCUAUGGCACUCCUGCCCCCUCCCUCCCAGCAGCCCUAGGAAUGGGAAGGGGGAGGGGUUGAAGAACCCCUGGAG